AGAAAGCUGUCAGUGAAGGAAGUAGACUAAAGGGUAUCGGUAGCGUCGCUGGUUGGAAUCAUCGUGCCCGUGGAUUCUGCAGUCGAAUAUUGAACGCGCUCUGUCCAUGCUUCACUAGCAACGGUAAAUCGUAGGGCAUAUCGAAUCUAGCCAAUAUUCAAACAUCGUAGCUUUGCAUCGCUCUUGUAGCGACUCAUUUCGUUAAAUUGAUCGUCAAGCUGAUUGAUCGCACGAAACUUUCGUAUACACUACCGUUCAUAAGUAUCGGAACGUUUGUUUCUUUACGAUAGAACGAGGAUCUACAUUAUUCUUUAUGAUGAUAACCUUAUUUUUUUACGAUCGUUAGAAUUCUACGUAUAUGGCGUUAUGUCGUGGAACAUUUCGACGCGAUGAAAUUUAUCGUUUAAAGAUAAUGUGCAAUUUAUCCUCUAAUCUUCAAAAAUGUAGUUUACAGAUCUAUUUGACUGUAAUGCAAUGUACUGCUGGUAAAUUAUCUAAAUUCGUAAUCUGUUGAUUCCGUAAGUACCUACAAACUACCAUUUCUAGGCAUUAAUUUACUUCUAUUCGUGAAUUUGUACGAUUCGGUUGAAUUCAUAUGUACGUACUAUAUCGUUACUGCGAAAAAUAUAUUACUAUCAAAGCGUCGAAUAUUUAUGAGUGGUAGUGUAUGUAUUAUUUACGGUAGUAGAUGAUUUCAUGUUCGAGGACGGAACGAAAACUUUUGAUAAUUAUUUACACGUACUAUCGCCUCACAGAUCUCGAUGAUUUUCCAAUAUAUUGUAGAAAUCAACAUUUUCAUCGAUUUUCCCGAAAAAUAUAACCCCCGCUCGAUAUUCCGAGUUUCCGAGACAUUCGUGAAAAUAUUUCUCUCAUUUUUACACUGAUGCGCAUCGGAUGUCAUUUAAAUUUGGAUUAGGCUUGUCGAUGCACAUGAGUCGAUGCGAUGAGUUUACGUGUAUCUCACAUUUCGAUUUUCGAAACGCAGGGAGAUGAGAAGGAAAUGCAACUUGGCUUAGCUAUUCCAGCGAGAUGAGAGACGAUUUUUACUUGGGUUUAUGGCUCUACUAAUAUUAAAACCUAUUUAAAGUACCUAAUUCAAAUCUAACCAAAUACAGAUGAUCAAGCUGUCAUCAAGCAAUUAAUGAAUUUUGAUCUGAUUUCGAUUAAUUUACGCCAAGUUUCACUUCAAUUUCAAAGUAACGUCAGAAUAAAGAUUUGAAAAAUAUUUUUAUUAUGGGUAUCUAGGAAAUAAAGACCGAGCGGGGAUUAUAUGUAUAGGAAAAAUUGUUCAAAAUGUUGAUUUCGAUUUCUACAACAUAUUCGAAAAUCAUCGAAAUCGGUGAGGUGGCAGUACUUGUAAAUAAUUACCGAAUUUUUCUAUCUCUAAUUUAAACAUUACUAUUCCAAGCUGCGAAUAAAUUCAAGAUUUAAAAUUCAGAUACUGUACCGAUCGGAUAGCCUUUUUUUUCAUUUAUUUCUUUAUCUCGCGUCGUUGCGAAUACCGUUGUACGAUUCAACGAAAAAGAAUGUUUUUCGGAGAAUGAUAGGCUUUAAAUCAAAGUAGAGUAAGAAUUAGGUGAACUGUACGCUAAGAUGAUGGCGGUGGAGACAAGAAAAGAAAAGAAACGAAAGAAGAAAUUAUAUCGAUCAGGUUGAUCGAUAUGCAUUUCGAAUUUGAACGUUACUCGAUAUUAGGGACUGUUACAAGUACAAGAAAUUCUUACUACGAAUAACACGAAUCGGAGAUAUUUGUUUCCAUGUAAUCUUUAAUAAAUCUCCGAUUUUAUAGAAAAAUGUAUGCGUUAUAUGUACUUACUUACUUACAUACGUACGUAUUAUCAAGUUCGACGAGAAACACGCAAUUCAAUUCGUGAUGUCGAAGGAUUUGAUACGCAAUACCCUAAGAAACGAUAUCAAGACGUCCUCGUUCAUUUUCAUUACUAAGUAACUGAUGCAUGCCUAACGUUCAACAUGCAUCUUACCCUCGUAUCCUGUAGUAUCGCAGCUAUUACAACGGCAGCCACCAAGAUCACCUAGCAUGCGUGACAAUGCAUAAUAACGCGCAUCAUCAUCAAUCAGACGCGCUCAUUAACUCAAACCUGUCCACCGAUACAUAUGUAGGUACAUAUAUAUAUAGAGAGAGAGAGAGAGAGAGAGAUAUAGUUGUAGUUGUGAUUACAUACAUAUAUAUGUAAAUACGAUGUAGUACAUAUACAUCGUAUCGAUGGCAUCUCGAUACUCGUUUCAACGAAAAUUCUGUGUAUCAUGCUUUUCUAGUCUUGUAAUCGCAGGUAAAUUUACACAAAUAUGUAAAUAUAUGCAUAAUUUUUCCGGUUAUUUUCCUGUAAUUUGCGCAUAAAGAUUAAUUAUCAACAAACGUGAAAUGGUGUAUCGGGACGCGAUAACAUUAUGCACGUUGUAACCCUUAGGCAUAAUACAUGCUUAACAGAAUGUAUACUAUAUAUAUUAUAUUGUUGGUAUACUAUAUUCGUAUAUCUAUUCUUUCCAUAGAAUUAUUCACCUGGACACCGUACCGAUAUCGCUUCACGAGACCGUAAUCGUUCGCUGUCAUCCGGAAUUACCGUGCUUUGCCGAGCAACCGUUGAUCCAAUUGAUUAAAUGAUAAACAGCAUGAAUAACUGUCGUGAACGCCGUCAACUAAUGUAAUUUAGUGAAGUGCGAGCAACGACAGGUUUUUGAUUUUUCGUACUACUGGCUUUGAACAGUUGCACAUUGUAGACCGUUUGAUUAUAUAGUAUAUCUAUAUUUUAUUAUAUCUAUAUUAUAUUAUUAUAUUAUACAUGUGUAUGUAUGCGUGUAUGCGUGUAUGUAUGUAUGUGCGCGCGUGCGUGUGCGUGUGCGUGUGCGUGUGCGUGUAUGUACACGCGCGCACACGCACACAAUAUGUAAUCGAACAUACAUAUGGGCACCAAAACCAGAGUGUGUUAAAUUUAAAAAAUGCUAUUUUACACGUUAUAGACAUGUUUUCCGUAUAAAAUUUGUCAUUCUUCUCGAUAAUAACAACUUUUCCGUUCCAUAUCGUUUAGUUUCCCGCUACUACGAUUUGCUCCUUUCGAAAGUUUGGAAAGUACGAAUUAAAUACACUCUGGCUCUGAAAUUCAGAUCUGUCUAAGUAUUAAGUACGUACGUACAGUUAUAUCGAAUUAUUUUUUAUAUAACAUGAUUACACAGAAACAUUAGUGUUCAAAGUAUUUAGCUUUCUCUUACGAUACUGUGUGUCUAAUUGAUCGACUACUCCUUUGCGUUUCAUAUAUCUAAAAGGUAGUUCCAUUGUACAGAAUGCAAACAAAAAUAUUAUUAAUGUGAGAAAAUUUCGUUCGUUGUGCAUUAGCUAUGUAUUUAGAUCGACUGUAACCUUUUUAUCUGAUACUUUAACGCUAUUUAAACACGGUUCAAUCGAUAGAAGGAAGAACGGGAUAACGGAAAAACAUGCAUGUAAACGAUGACGAUGCGAGGGGAGAGAAUAGGCAAACAGAGCGUCAACGAUUGAUAUGUAUGUAAAAUGUAAAUUCGUUGCAUAAUUAUUCGAUGUGGGAUCAAAAGUAAAAAAAGCCUAUUGACUGACAAUCAAAGCUACACUUAAUCUUUAUAAUGAUACGUAGCUAAACUAUCCAAAAAUAAUAAAAUAACGUGCUAAAUAUGUGUAUGUUUGUGAAUAUGUAUGCAUAUGUAUGUAUAAACAGGAUAUUGGACUCUAACUUGUAUGUAUGUAUAAUAGAUGCAAUUACUAUUCUCGUGCAUCUAUUACAAUAAAUAUAAAAAUGUAAAUAAAAGGACAUUAAUAAGCUAGCUGUUAAGCUUUUGUUUAAAAUUUCUUUUAGACUCUUUACGCGUAACAAUUUCAAUUUCUCAAAUAGAAUAGGCUAUGCAGAUGUAUGCAGGUGUACAAGCGUUCUAAAGUAUAUGCUCAUAACUUGUGUUCGAUCUACGAAAGAAAGGAGAGACGCGCACUAUUUACACAUAUGUAUUUACCUAUACACACACACACACACGCACGCACACGCACAUCACAAAGAUAUUACAGAUAUUACAAAUCACAGAUAUUGUAAAGAUAAAAAAAAUAGUGUAUAACGCGUAUUUGAGGUACCAGGGACGGUUACCAUGGAAAGUUAGAUACUUUAUAGGUUAGCAGAUUAUCAUUGAAGAACAACCGUCGCUUGACUUUAAAUAUGCAUAUAAUAAUACGGGUUUAAAAAGGAGUAUAGGUCGAUUAUAAUUUUAUUUUAUAGAUAUUAUUUUCUGCUUAUCGAUUUAUCGUUUAAAAUGGUGUAUACUAUAGUGAUUUGUGUAAUUUAAGUCUUAACAAAUCAACCGGUCGGUAGUAUUUUCUGCUGCUGAGGAUGUCAAACAUUCGUAUAAUUUAAGUAGUUUCUAUACGGCAGCUGUUCUAUAUAGUAACUAUUUAGCAUUCACGCGUUCGAAACGUGUUCAUAUUGAAUUGUACAAGGAAAAGACAUCGAUUUAGGAGAUGUAUAAAUAUCUAUCGCUGUGCCGAGAAAGAGAGAAAUUUCGUACUCGGCUUGUUGAUAUGAUAAAGCGGAAAAGAAAGAAAGAAAAGGAAAAAACGUUUCGCAGAAUUAAUACGUGUAUGCAAGAAAUAGAAGAAGAGGAAGAGAUGGACGAUGACAUAAUUCUAGAAAAUAAUGACAACGUUUUGCGAUACUGCUAUUAUUUGACACAAGGUAUCGAUGAUGUUUACGUAGGAUCGAUGGACGUUGAUCUUCUAAUGAAUAUUCUAAGGCGUGUUCCAACCAAAUGGAAAGACAAAUUUAAAGAAUUGUUAAAUCGUUUAGUGAAAGAAGUGAAAGAGGAAUAUAUAUUAAGCGUGAAGAAGUCAGUCAUAGAAUUUGUUAUCGGAAACUCGGUAUAUUCUUCGUUAAAACAGUUUACUGCACUCGAAAAGAAUGAACAAUUUGAAGGAAUACGACUCCCGAAAGAACACGAGGUUAAUUAUCGAUGGAACAGAGCGAGACUCGAAAGAAGAGUCAUAUUAUAUCGUCCAGUUGUACGACGGAUUUUCGAUUAUUGGUACCGCGAAUUCAGUGGCUGCAAACUCAUAAAUGGAAGGGAAUUGGCAGCACGCGACGCAUCGUAUGAUCUUGGCAAUUUCGAGAGAACCAUUUCAAAAAUGUGUUCCAGGGUGAAAGAGGAACUUGCAAAGCAUUGGUUACCAAAAAUUCAAGGAAUUUUAAUUACGGCAUUCGAACGAAACGAGUUACCGCUCAUAAGUGACACAUCCGGCUGUCGACGACUUUUCAGUUGUAUCGGUUUCAUUAUGGAAGAUCAGUUGCGAGGAGCUUAUCUACGCUCUAUAGAAGAAUACGUCGAUUAUCUUCACAGCAGAAACAACAAGUGUCGCGGUUUCGAUAUUAAGAUGACAGUACGAAAUUCAAACGUAUUGUUCGAGCCAACGUUUAAAGUCUUCACGGAUACAUUUUCAACGAUACUGAAUUUAUUGGGAGAAACAAUUGGUACGCUACCGCGCGUUGAAACGAUGCUGGAUAUUAGUUCCAUCGCUAUCCAUCGUAAAUUACUCGAGCCGUAUAUGUCGCAUGAAUGUUUGGAGAAAUAUACAGAGGAAAUUAGCCAACUAAUUGAAAGAGAGAAAAUUGGCCCGAUCACGCAGCUGAGUGAAUUCGAAAAUUAUGCGAAUUUCAUAAACGAUUCGGAAGCAGAGAAAGUUCAAGAAUUCUUAAAAUGCGAUACAGCUGACAACUUUGAAAAUUACUAUACUCUAAUCGCAUAUUACGAUCGUUUGUCCCGUUCGAUAAAAGUCGAGUACGAUCGAUCUUACUUUGCUGGAUUCUUCGUCGUCCACCGUGGAGAGAUCAUCAAAUAUAUCGCUUCUGUAGCUCGUAAGCUUAAAGAGGAAUUGGUCGGUAAAAUGAUCAUCGAGUAUCAACAAAAAUCUCGAGCCGUAGGGAAUGAAUAUCAACGAAUCGUAGACCGUGCGCUAAGCGUUCCAGCAAACACUAGGGAAUUGAUCGAACUUCGAAAAUUUAUAAAUACCACGGAAAUAGAAACUGCCGGCCAGCUUGAAAGUCGAUUGAGAGAAAUUAUUAAAUAUAUCGUUGUUCUAUCAGAUUAUUCGAUCUUAACCCCUGUUGAAUUGAAAAUUAAUAAUUUUGCUUUCCAAUGGUAUUACAAGCUUCCGGAUAUUUUUGAACAACACCGAGAGAUAGCUGCUAGUAAAAUCGGGGAGUUCCAAAACAUCCUUAAGAAAAAAAUCGAACAAUUCGAACGUGAACUUGAGAUAUAUGCAAAGUACUGCGACGAAUUACAGUAUUGGGGGAAUAUGGAGGAAAUAUAUCGGUAUAAAAAGAAGGCUGAUCGUUUAGAAAACAAACUGAUCACGGCGAUGGAUACUAUUGACGGAUUUAACGAGGAGGAGGAACUAUUUGGUUGGGAACAGUCCCAGUAUCCUUUACGGAAAGCGACAGCGGAUAAACUGGGGCCAUAUAAAAGAUUGUACGACGCGACCUGCGAAUUUUUAACAAACUACGAUACGUGGAUGAAUUCGAUGAUAGGUUCUCAGGAACCGGAGGAGAUCGAAACCGCGACAGCAAUCGCUUAUCGAACAAUCUAUAGGUUAGAACGAUCUAUACAAGAGCCAAUAACGAAGAAGCUCGCUGAAAAUAUACGAAUAAAGAUAGAAGAGUUCAAAGAACACAUGCCUGUGAUUGUUACUCUUGGAAACCCUUCCCUAAAGAAUCGCCACUGGGAACAAGUAUCGGAAAUUGUUGGCUUUCCCAUAAAGGUUGACGAGUCGAUGACACUUGCCAAGAUUCUCGAUUACGGGUUAACCGACUACGUUACGAAAUUCGAAGGAAUAUCGGAAGCAGCGACAAAGGAAGGAAGCUUGGAAAGAGCACUCAUCCGAAUGCAUCUUGAUUGGGCAGAGAUCACAUUCAUCGUUAAUGCUUACCGCGAUACAGGCACCUACGUAAUUGCGAGCAUCGAUGAUAUACAAUUACUUUUGGAUGACCAUUUGAUCAAAGCUCAAACCAUGAAAAAUUCUCUUUAUAUCAAACCAUUUGAAAAAGAGACUUUAGAAUGGGAAUCGAAACUACUCCUGUUACAAAGCAUCAUGGAUUAUUGGCUACAAGUUCAAGCAACGUGGAUGUACCUUGAACCGAUAUUCUCGUCGCCUGAUAUUCAACAGCAAAUGCCAGAGGAGGGUCGACGUUUUAGCGCUGUAGAUAAGAUUUGGAGAGAAAUUAUGUCAUGUGUAGCAGCGGAUCCUCGAGUUAUGUCAGUCAUUGAAAUCGAUAAAAUGCUCGAACGAUUGAGGAAAUGUAUAAAUCUCUUGGAUCUAGUACAGAAAGGACUUACUGCCUAUUUGGAAAAGAAAAGAUUAUACUUUCCGCGAUUCUUUUUUUUGUCGAAUGACGAGCUCUUGGAAAUAUUAUCGGAAACAAAGGAUCCUACCAGAGUACAACCGCAUCUAAAAAAGUGCUUCGAAGGAAUUGCUCAAGUAAGCUUCACGGUCGAUUUGGAAAUAAUAGCUAUAAAGUCCUCUGAGGGAGAAGAAGUCAUUCUUGAAGAUAUUAUCGAUACAACGGCGGCUCGAGGUCAAGUUGAAAAGUGGUUACUUGAACUAGAAUCUUCUAUGAAGAGGAGUGUUAAAGCACAGGUGGUGCAAGCAAAGGACGCGUUUUUAAAGCAGAUCAGAUCAAAAUGGGCGUUAGAAUGGCCCGGUCAGACUAUUCUUUGUGUCAGUAAACUUUAUUGGACAGCCGAUGUGACGGCGGUGUUGUCCAAGUCAUUGAAGGACUUGAAGAACUAUGUCGACAAUUGUACAAACGAAUUGAAUGAGAUAGUGAAAUUAGUACGUGGCAUAUUGUCAACGCAAAAUCGUGUAACGUUGGAGGCCUUGGUUACGAUGGACGUGCAUAGCCGAGAUAUUGUAACGGAAUUGUAUAAAGAAAGAGUCAGCAUCGCUACUGAUUUCAAGUGGUUGGCACAAUUGAGAUACUAUUGGAUGGACGAAAACUUGUGGUCAACGAUGAUAAACACGUCGUUGAAGUACGCGUACGAGUACCUGGGCAAUACAUCUAGAUUGGUCAUAACGCCGUUGACCGAUAGAUGUUACCGAACGUUAUUUAGCGCGCUAAGUUUACACCUCGGUGGCGCGCCCGAAGGUCCGGCCGGAACUGGCAAGACCGAAACUACCAAGGAUCUAGCUAAGGCUGUAGCUAAACAAUGCGUCGUAUUUAAUUGUUCGGAAGGUCUCGAUUACAUCGCAUUGGGUAAAUUUUUUAAGGGAUUAGCAAGCACCGGAGCGUGGUCUUGUUUCGAUGAAUUUAAUCGGAUCGAUCUCGAAGUAUUGUCGGUAGUAGCCCAACAAAUUCUAACGAUUCAACGAGCUAUUAACGCUGGUUUAACUAAACUAGAUUUCGAAGGCACCGAGAUCAAAUUAGACCCUACUUGUGCUGUUUUUAUUACGAUGAACCCUGGUUAUGCUGGAAGAACCGAACUUCCGGAUAAUUUAAAGGCGCUCUUUCGACCGGUAGCAAUGAUGGUACCAGAUUACGCUUUGAUAGCCGAAAAUACAUUGUAUUCGUAUGGAUUUUAUGACGCACGUCCACUCUCGGUAAAGAUCGUAACAGCUUACAGGCUAUGCUCGGAACAAUUGUCGAGUCAAAAUCAUUACGAUUAUGGGAUGAGGGCAGUAAAAUCUGUUCUGGUGGCGGCUGGUAAUUUAAAAAUAAAAUAUCCAGAAGUGGAUGAGGAUAUAUUAAUAUUGCGCAGUAUCAAAGACGUCAAUUUACCCAAAUUUCUCAGCGAAGACUUGCCAUUAUUCAACGGUAUUACAUCGGAUCUCUUUCCCGGUGUCAAACUGCCAGAGCCAGACUAUACUGAUUUGAAUACAUGUGUUUAUGACGUUUGCUCAGCGUCGAAUUUACAAUGUAGCGCCUGGUUCUUGGAGAAAAUACAACAGAUAUACGAGAUGAUGAUCGUUCGACAUGGAUUUAUGAUCGUUGGCUUGCCAUUCGCUGGAAAGACGGCAGCGUAUAAUAUUCUAGCUGACGCAUUAAAACUUUGCGAAGAACGAAAUCUAAUAAGCGAACAUAAAGUGGAAAAGUUUGCGAUGAAUCCCAAAGCUGUUCCGUUGGGUCAAUUAUAUGGACAAUUCGAUCCGAUAUCCCAUGAAUGGUCCGACGGAGUUUUGGCUAUCAGUUAUCGUGCUUUUGCAACAUCGACCAACGAAAAUCGCAAAUGGUUAAUCUUUGACGGACCGAUAGACGCAGUAUGGAUCGAAAGCAUGAAUACUGUACUCGAUGACAACAAAAAGCUUUGCUUAAUGAGUGGAGAAAUUAUUCAAUUAGCACCGUAUACCAAUUUGAUAUUUGAAACGAUGGAUUUAGAGCAUGCUUCGCCUGCGACAGUUUCCCGUUGUGGAAUGAUUUACAUGGAACCAGAUGCACUUGGUUGGGAUCCUGUACUUAGAUCUUGGUUAGCUGAUACUCCGCCUGUGAUGAAUUCGUGGUUAAGAAACUUUCUACAUGAGUCUUUAUUUCGAAGAUUUUGCGAUCCUAUACUUUACUGGUCACAUCACGAACAUGUUCAGAAAAUUUGCCCGAUGCCGGAUACAAACCUCGUGCGUUCACUGACCUAUCUGAUGGACUGUUUUCUUGCUGAAUAUCGAGACGAGAAAGCUGUUAAGGAUAUCGACGAGUUAGAUCUUCGAGCCCAAGUCGAGGGUUCAUUUUUCUUUUCGUGUAUCUGGGGGCUGGGAGGCACGUUGACUGUAAAAUCGAGAGAACGGUUCAGCGUUCUCUUUCGUGGCUUUCUCGAAAGAGAUUUUCCUGUGGAUUUGAUAGAAAUGUUCAAAUUACCGAAACCGAUAAAACCACCUUUGAAACCAUAUAUAUUUAUUAUGCCAAGGGAUGGUCUUGUCUUUGACUACAAAUUUAUCAAAGAGGGCAAAGGAAAAUGGAGACUAUGGUCUGAUGAAUUGCUUGACAUCCCACCUAUUCCUCGUGACAUUCCUGUAAAUCAAAUAAUAGUACCUACCGUUGAGACGAUACGGUACACAGCCCUAUUUCGUUUGCUAGUAAGCAACGAAAAACCAGUGUUAUUCGUAGGCCCCACUGGAACUGGAAAAUCCGUCUAUAUAAUUGAUUUUCUAUUAAAAAAAAAUAAUCCCACAGUAAACAAACCACUGAUCAUCAAUUUUUCUGCGCAAACUACGGCGAAUCAAACUCAAGACACGAUUAUGGGAAAAUUGGAUAGACGGCGGAAAGGCGUUUACGGAGCGCCUAUAAGUAAACGGUGGAUCGUUUUUGUCGAUGAUCUUUCGAUGCCGAUGAAAGAAAUUUACGGGGCACAACCUCCGAUCGAAUUGUUACGUCAAUGGCUGGAUCACGGAGAAUGGUACGAUAGAAAAGAGAAAAGUAUGAUAAAACUGAUCGACGUUCAUCUAAUGUGCGCUAUGGCUCCACCAUAUCGCGGCGGGAAGGAUGUUACACCCCGAUUUAAAAGACAUUUUGUCGUCUUAACGAUAUCAGAAUUUGAAGACGAAGUAAUGACCAUGAUAUUUAGUAAAAUCGUGCUCUGGCAUCUUGAUACGAGAGGAUUCAGUAAAGAAUUCGAUCCAUGUAUCGACGAAAUCGUUCUGGGCACGUUGGAUGUAUACAAGGAAAGUCUCUCUAAUCUGUUACCAACACCGGCCAAAUGUCAUUAUGUCUUCAAUCUUCGCGACUUUUCCAAAGUGAUACAGGGAGUCCUGCUGUCCGUCCCGGAAACUAUGCCGAGUUUAACCAGCAUGAGGAGACUUUGGGUACACGAGGUACUUCGAGUUUUUGGGGAUCGUUUAAUAGAUCAAGAAGAUAUCUCUUGGCUGGUGAAACAAAUACGCGUCACUUUGAACGAUCGAAUGAAUGUGUUAAUGGAAGAACUGUUUAAAGAUCUUCUACCCCCGCAAAGAGAAGCAACUUUGGAUGAUAAAUCACAAGCAAUAAUCACCGAGCAAGAACUUCGAAAUUUAGUGUAUUGCGAUUUUGGCGACACCAAGGUAGAUAUCAGACUUUAUCAAGAGGUUCCAGAUCUCGACCAGUUACGAGAAAUAGUAGAAACUUAUUUAGCUGAAUACAACACGAUGUCUAGAAAGCCGAUGAAUUUAGUGUUAUUCCGGUACGCCAUCGAACAUUUGUCACGAAUUUCCCGUAUUAUCAAGCAACCGCGUAAUCACGCGCUUCUUGUCGGAGUCGGCGGUACGGGAAGACAGUCGUUAACUAGACUAGCCUCGCAUAUAUGUGACUACGACGUUUUUCAAGUUGAAGUUACUCAACAAUACGGAGUUAACUCGUGGCACGAGGAUAUAAAAGGGAUUCUAAGGCGCGUGACUGCCACCGAUCUUCACUCCACCUUUCUCUUCUCCGAUGCACAAAUUAAGCAGGAAAGCUUCCUCGAAGAUAUCAGCAAUAUUCUUAAUUCCGGAGAGAUACCGAAUAUAUUCACCGUCGAGGAACUGGCCGAAAUAUGCGAACACAUGAAGCAAAUAGACAGGCAGCGGGACCGAUCGGUGCAAACGGAUGGAAGCGCGGUAGCAUUGUUCAAUCUUUUCGUUCAGAUAACUCGCGAUCAACUACACAUCGUAAUGGUGAUGUCACCGAUAGGAAAUGAUUUUCGCAACCGGAUCAGAAAAUUUCCGGCAUUAGUCAACUGCUGUACCAUCGAUUGGCUUCAGCCAUGGCCAGAGGAUGCUCUAUUAGCGGUUGCGACUAGAUUUCUGCGGGCCAUUGAAUUGACGGAUAACGAAAGAACCGCUGGUAUCGACAUGUGUCAAUUCUUUCACGUCUCCACGCAAAAUUUGAGCGCAGAGUUUUUCAUUCGACUAAACAGACACGUUUAUGUCACCCCAACGUCGUACCUUGAGAUGAUAAACACGUUUAAGGAUCUGUUGGGAAGGAAACGAGAGGAAAUAAUUAAUGCGAAAACUCGAUACGAGCGUGGUUUGGAUCAAUUGGAUGAAACGCAAAAACAAGUAGUAACGAUGCAAGAAACUCUGAAAUUGUUGCAACCGCAACUAAUAACAGCCACCCAAGAUGUUGAAAGAAUGUUGCUCGAGGUUGAUAAGGAAAGACAAGAAGUGGCAGAAUUUGAGAAAGUUGUGAAAAUUGACGAAAGCGUAGCCGAGGUUUAUGCGAACGAAGCAGCUGCGAUUAAAGCGGAAUGUGACGCUGAUUUAGCAGAAGCGAUGCCAAUUUUAAAACGUGCUCAAAGCGCUUUGGACACUUUGACGACUACCGACAUCGCUGUAAUAAGAACGAUGAAGAAACCACCGCAAGGAGUGAGAUUGAUCGUCGAGAGCGUCUGUGUCCUCAAGCAAAUAAAACCAGAGAGAGUUCAGCAAGCUGACGGUACAUUCAUCGAGGAUUAUUGGAGGGCUUCUCUUAGAAUGCUGAGCGACGUGAAAUUUCUCGAUUCGUUGCUCAAUUUUGACAAGGAUAACAUCCCUGAUACCGUGAUCGAAAAAAUUCGAAGAGAAUACCUGACUAAUCCGGACUUUAAUCCUGAAAAGAUAAAAAAAGUAUCAACAGCAUGCGAGGGAUUGUGCCGAUGGGUAUUCGCAAUGUCGGAAUAUGAUAAAGUAUCGAAAGUAGUCGCUCCGAAGAAAAGAGCUUUGGCAGAAGCUCAGAAGAUUUAUGAUAAAGCCAUGGAUACUCUAAAAGCAAAGCGAGAACAACUUCGACAAGUACAGGAAAGAUUGAAAAUAUUGGAAGAACUUUUGGAACAAAGAAAAACUGCUUUUCAAGCAAUGUCCGACAAAGUGACAGACUGUGAGAUCAAGCUAAAACGAGCCGAGGACCUAAUUGGAGGUUUGGGCGGAGAAUAUUCGCGUUGGUCCGAUACCGCGAAAUCUUUAGGAGAAAGGUAUCAGCGAUUAAUGGGUGAUAUCGUGAUCGCUUCUGGCGUGGUCGCGUACCUAGGUCCAUUUACGAUGCCGUUCCGUCUUCGACAAACUGUUCUAUGGGUAAAACGAUGUACCGAUUUGCAGGUAAUUUGUAGUUCCGAUUUCCAGUUGCGCGACACCCUUGGAGAUCCAGCUUUAAUCAGAUCUUGGAAUAUUUUCGGACUCCCAAACGAUGCAUUUUCAGUCGAUAACGGUAUUAUCAUCAAAAAUUCAAGAAGAUGGCCGCUUAUAAUAGAUCCCCAAGGUCAGGCUAAUAGAUGGAUAAAAAACAUGGAAAAACAAAAUAACGUGAAUAUUAUUCGGCUAACUCAGCCUGACUACGGCCGAGUGUUAGAAAACGCAUUGCAAUUUGGAUUACCAGUGCUUCUUGAACACGUUGACGAAGAAUUGGACGCUAUACUCGAACCGAUUUUACUUAAAGAAACGUUUAAACAGGCUGGUGCGAUCUGCAUAAAAUUCGGCGAUGCAAUUAUCGAAUACAGUUUCAAUUUUAGACUGUACAUUACGACGAGAUUAAGAAAUCCGCAUUAUUUGCCAGAGGUAGCAGUGAAGGUAACACUGUUGAAUUUCAUGAUAACACCAACCGGAUUAGAAGAUCAAUUAUUGGGCAUUGUUGUAGCGAAGGAAAGGCCAGACUUGGAAUCGGAAAAGAACGCUUUGAUCAUGCAAGGAGCUGCGAAUAAAAAGCUAUUGCAAGAAACAGAGGACAAAAUCUUGGAAAUAUUAUCGAUUGCCGAAGGCAACGUAUUAGAGGACGAAGAAGCGGUAGAUAUUUUAACAUCGUCUAAAAAUUUGAGCAAUGAAAUUCAAGUAAAACAAACGGUAGCUGAACAAACGGAAAAGUUAAUCGACGAUGCUAGAUUGCAGUACACGCCUGUCGCCGUAUAUUCCACCGUAUUGUUCUUCACCAGUGCUGCCUUGGUAAAUAUCGAUCCUAUGUAUCAAUAUUCAUUGUCGUGGUUCGUAAAUUUAUUCGAACUGGCUAUCGAUCAUACGGAACCAGCGGAAAUGGUUGAACAACGACUAAAAGAUCUUAUGAAAUAUUUCACAUAUUCUCUGUACGCGAACAUUUGUAGAUCUUUAUUCGAGAAGGACAAGUUAUUGUUUUCUCUGUUACUUGCGAUCAAUUUGCUGGAGCAACGAGGGCAACUUUGUCCGUCGCAUUGGAUGUUUUUAUUAACGGGUGGAGUUGGUAUCGAUAAUCCAUAUGUAAAUCCAACAACAUGGCUACCGACUAAACAAUGGAACGAACUAUGUAAUCUUGACGAGAUUCAAGAGUUCUCGGGCAUUCGAGAAUCAUUUACUGGCAAUACCAGCCAAUGGAAACGAUUAUUCGACUCGAAGGAACCGCAGAUCGAAACAAUCCCUGUACCGUUCCAACAUCUGAACCUAUUUAAAAGAAUGUUGAUACUGAGAUGCAUUCGUCCUGAUAAGAUUCUGCCAGCAGUGCAAAAUUUCGUCCAAGCGGAACUUGGUUCGCAGUUUAUCGAACCGCCACCGCUCGAUUUGGCAUCGACUUAUGCCGACUCAAACUGCUGCACUCCAUUGAUAUUCGUAUUGACGCCCGGUACCGAUCCAACGCAAUUAUUACUCUCGUUUGCCGAUGAACAAGGUUAUAGCGUCAAUCGCCUUUUCUCUAUUUCCCUCGGCCAAGGACAGGGACCAAUUGCCGAGGAAAUGAUUCAAACCGCUGUGAUAGUUGGUAACUGGGUUGUUCUACAAAACUGUCAUUUGGCGAUUAGUUGGAUGAGUACCUUGGAAAAAAUUUGCGAAGGUUUGAUGCCCGAUACGAUUCACUCGGAGUUUCGACUGUGGUUGACGAGCUAUCCGUCCGAACAUUUUCCGUCCUCGGUUCUAGAGAAUAGUAUAAAAAUGACGAAUGAACCGCCGAAAGGCUUAAGAGCUAACAUCGUUAGAUCGUACACGAGCGAUCCGAUUAUUGAUCCGGAUUUUUUCGAAUCUUGUUCCCAAACGGAAAACUUCAAAAAGCUUCUUUAUUCGUUGUGUUUCUUCCACGCCGUAAUCCAGGAAAGACGACAAUUUGGCCCAAUCGGUUGGAACAUUACAUACGAAUUCAACGAGACUGAUCUUCGAAUCAGCGUUUUACAAUUACACCUUUUCCUCGAUCAAUUUGAAGACGUGAGAUUCGAUGCUCUCAAGUAUUUGACCGGAGAAUGCAACUAUGGCGGAAGAGUUACGGAUGACUGGGAUCGCAGAACUUUGAAUACGAUAUUGUCGAAAUUUUAUUGCCAGCAGUUACUUAUCGAAAAACGUUAUUAUUUCGAUGAUACUUUGAUGGUUUAUUAUUGCCCAAGCGUGCGAGAGCAUGAAGCAUUUGUGGAAUACACAAAAAACUUACCCUUAAUCACUGAACCGAGUGUUUUCGGUAUGAACGAAAAUGCGGACAUCAUCAAAGAUCAGCAUGAAACGAACCUCUUGUUUUCGUCGCUCCUACUAACACAGGACCGUGUGGAUCUCUGGCAAUUGCAACAGGAAAGCGUCAAGUCUGGAACCGGACAAUUCACCAACGAUGAAAUAGUGCUUAGAAUGUCGAAUGAUAUUUUACAAAAAUUGCCAGAUGACUAUGAUCUUGUAUCGGCGCUUGGAAAGUAUCCAAUGUCUUACGAACAAAGUAUGAAUACUGUGUUGGUCCAAGAAAUGGGAAGAUUUAACAAACUUCUCAAUUAUGUUAGAACCAGUCUGGAGAAUAUUAUACGUGCUAUUAAAGGUAUUGUUAUCAUGUCAUUUGAAUUGGAAGAUAUCUAUGACGCAAUUUUGACAAACAAGAUACCUGCUUUAUGGCAACAAUACUCUUAUCCGUCGCUAAAGCCACUUGGUAGUUAUGUACAUGAUUUACUAAGCCGCUUAAAUUUUCUUAAAGAAUGGUAUGAAAAGGGAGCACCGGUCGUAUAUUGGAUCUCAGGAUUUUAUUUUACCCAAGCAUUUUUGACAGGAACCAGACAAAACUAUGCGAGGAAAUAUCGGAUUCCUAUAGACCUUUUAAUCUUUGAUUUCUUCGUGUUAGAAUCCGAUACAAUGCCUGUACUUCCUCCUGAGGAUGGAGUUUAUAUAUACGGAUUGUUUUUAGAUGGUGCCAGAUUUAAUAAAAAACAAAUGACAUUAGACGAAAGCUUUCCAAAAGUACUUUAUGAACCUAUGCUUCCCAUGUGGUUAUUACCUGUGAGAAAAGCGGAUAUAAAAGAAAAAGUAACAUACAUUUGCCCUGUAUAUAAAACUAGCGAAAGACGAGGAGUGUUAUCAACCACUGGACAUUCGACAAAUUUUGUUAUCGCUAUGACAUUACCUACAUUAAAAUCGCCAGAACAUUGGAUCAUGAGAGGAGUCGCACUACUUUGUCAGCUCUCUGAAUAAAAAUUAUUUUCUUAUUUCAUCCUUUCGAAUUCAUCUUGAAAAUACGUCAAGGAAUUGAGUUUCUAAUUAAAAGUAUAUAUUAUCCGAAUUUUGGAAUACAGCAAUGAUCGAAUUGUAAAUUGCGAUAUUUAAAUUGUAUGGUACAAGUAUUCAAACAAUAAAAUAUGUAUAGAAUUAGUCAAUCAA